AGCUGCUGGGCCCUGAAAUUCUAUUCAGCAGUUUGAAAUCAAUCCACAGCUUUUCUCAUUCACCCUCCCACUUGGGGCUAUUGCAAGCCAUGACCAUCUAUUGAGGAAAACCGCAAAAAACUUCAAAACAUCUACAACGGUAUCCUAAGAAGAUUUCAACUGUAUACAAGUACCUUUGUUCAAGGCACCUAACUAUUAAAAAACUGAAAUUGUCAACAGUGCUUGGAUUUUUGAUAGAAAAAGAACAAAAACCACUUUCUGAAACUAUUUUUCAGAAGGUCAUCAAUACAUAAAAACUUUUAGCAUCUAAUUAAAGAUCACUAAGGGUUAAAUACUUGUUCUCUAGUCCCUACUGCGUACACUCUGCCAAAAAGUCCUCUAAGCUUUUAAAUAUUGCUUCGAUGGUCUGCGUUUUUACUUCCAGGGAAAAAGAGAGUAUUGUCCCACAGUCAGCAGGCCACUAGCUUAUUAACUUCCAGACACCUUAAUUUUUGCUAAAAUGAAGACUCUGCAAUCUACACUUCUCCUGUUCCUGUUUGUGCCUCUGAUAAAGCCAGCACCACCAUCUCAGCAGGACUCUCGCAUUAUCUCUGAUUAUGGAACAAAUAAUUUUGAAGAAACCUUAUUUAGCCAAGAUUAUGAGGAUAAAUACCUGGAUGGAAAAAGUAUUAAGAAAAAAGAGUCUAUCAGAAUACCUGAUGAGAAAAGUUUUGAAUUACAAAAAGACGAGAGUACAAUACCAUUAUCCCCCAAGAAAGAAAACGAUGAAAUGCCCACAUGCCUGCUGUGUGUUUGUUUAAGUGGCUCUGUAUACUGUGAAGAAAUUGACAUUAAAGCUGUACCACCCUUGCCAAAGGAAUCAGCCUAUCUUUAUGCACGAUUCAACAAAAUUAAAAAGUUGACUGCCAAAGAUUUUGCAGAUAUACCUAACUUAAGACGACUUGAUUUUACGGGAAAUUUGAUCGAAGAUAUAGAAGAUGGCACUUUCUCAAAACUCUCUCUGUUAGAAGAACUUAUACUAGCUGACAAUCAACUACUGAAACUUCCAGUUCUCCCUCCUAAGCUUACGUUAUUUAAUGCAAAACGCAACAAAAUCAAGAGUAGGGGAAUAAAGGCAAAUGCAUUCAAAAAAUUGAAUAAACUCUCCUUCCUCUACCUGGACCACAAUGCCCUGGAAUCCGUGCCUCUUAAUUUACCAGAAAGUCUGCGUAUAAUUCAUCUUCAGGGUAACAACAUAACUUCAAUUACAGAUGACACAUUCUGCAAGGCUAAUGACACCAGUUAUAUUCGGGAUCACAUUGAAGAGAUACGCUUGGAAGACAAUCCCAUCAUCCUGGGAAAAUAUCCCAACAGUUUUAUCUGCUUAAAAAGACUGCCUAUAGGGUCUUACAUUUAGUCACUAUCAACACAACAUAUAAGCUAAAGUAGACACGUACUUAUAAUCUGUUUCAACAUGUCUAAAGGAGCAUAAAUAUUUAAUAUUAAUUUUGUAUCCUACUAUGAAGGAACCUACGUUUUAGGAAAGGGUGUUCAAAAAUCUUAUAUAUAACAAUAAGUAGAAAGUAAGAUUGAAUCUCUAAAACAAAGUAAUGUCAAUAUACUUGAACAGCAUUAUAAAAUCCUUGUAGUUUAUUCUAGAAUACCAUUUAAAAGGUCCUUUUUUAUAUAAGUACUCAAACUUAAAAAGCAUUACUAAGUGAGAGGACAUCUCCAAAAAACACUCAAAAGGUUGUCUUUCUUGGCUGCUACUGGAUCCCUGAAGCAUUUAAGGCAUAUGCUCCAAAAACUGAAAACCUAAAUAUUUCCAGUGGUCUCCCAUUCUUAUUUUAUGAUUCAUAUAAUAUUCAUUAUGAAGUGGGAAAUCUAUUUUCUUUCUAUUAAGGCAGCUACUAUAUUUUUACUUAGCCUGAGAAAUAGGGAAUAGUCUCAUACCUAGGAAAAACUUUACAAAUAACGUAUAAUUUUUACUCUCAAAUAAAGAGCUAAUUUAGUAAUGUUCA